CAGGAGGGGGUGCGUUUGUGAGCACAACUCGGUGGUGGCGGGGGUAGCCUGUGAAGGUGUCAUGGCUGCUGUCGCUGAGCUUAGUCGCUCCAGCAGUGGUGACAGGAGUUUGGAACGGAGUUGCAGCCCUAAUGUCUCCCAAGAGGUGCUCUGCGAAAUCUUUCGCUCUCUGCAUAGCCUGGUGGGACAACUUAACCUCAGGGAUGAUGUGGUGAAAAUUACAAUCGAUUGGAACAAGCUCCAGAGCCUCUCGGUGUUCCAGCCUGCUUUGCUCUUUAGUGCACUUGAACAACAUGUUUUAUAUUUACAGCCUUUUUUAGCAAAACUUCAGCCUCUGAUUAAAGAGGAGAAUACAACUGUUGUUGGAGAGGCAGAAAAAACAGAAACAGGGAACAAGAAUGAAGUAAAUGCCAAAUUUCCCAUUAGUGACCUACAAGAGGAAGAAAAGCACAAAGAUUGUGAUUUAGGAGAUGUGAAAAAGACACAGAUCCACGUUGAUCCAGAAGUAGUUCAAAUAAAGGCUGGAAAAGCAGAAAUUGACAGACGAAUAUCUGCAUUUAUUGAAAGAAAGCAAGCUGAAAUCAAUGAAAACAACGUGAGGGAAUUUUGCAAUGUUAUUGAUUGUAAUCAAGAAAACAGUUGUGCAAGAACUGAUGCCAUUUUUACUCCUUAUCCGGGAUUUAAAAGUCACGUGAAAGUUUCUAGAGUUGUGAAUACAUAUGGACCACAGACUAGACCUGAAGGAAUUCAAGGGUCAGGUCAUAAAGCUAACAGCAUGCUCCGAGACUGUGGUAAUCAGGCUGUAGAAGAACGACUACAAAACAUUGAGGCUCACUUGCGAUUGCAGACGGGUGGUCCAGUGCCAAGAGACAUUUAUCAGAGAAUUAAAAAACUUGAGGAUAAAAUCCUUGAAUUGGAAGGCAUCUCUCCUGAAUAUUUUCAGUCUGUAAGCUUUUCUGGAAAAAGAAGAAAAGUACAACCACCUCAACAGAAUUAUUCACUGGCUGAACUUGAUGAAAAAAUUAGUGCCCUCAGACAAGCCCUGCUCAGAAAAUCAAGAGAAGCAGACUCCAUGGCCACCCACCACCUUCCAUGAAAACUCCUCUCAUUCUUGUCAUUUUACUUUUUUUAUAUAUAUGUAACUUAACUGCAGUUAAUUAAAUGGAUAUGUGCUUAUCAAUGUAGACUCACCUCUGAAAUCAAGGUUUCUUUUCAUGAGAGUCCAGCCUGCAUCAAGUCAUCUUCAGAUAGAACAGUGAAGUGUGAAAUGGUUGAGGCAUUGAAAAUAGUAUUGCUAGAAUGUAUUCCCUUCUGUUUUAAAGGAGGUAUUUUGGAAAUUGAAAAACAAUUUGAAAGCACAUCUUUGUGUGUGUAUGUACCACAGAAAGGAAGGUUUAUUUUGAAGUGAUAUAAAAGGACUUUCUAUUUGUAACAUCAGUGUUAACCAGUUUUUUUGUUUAAAUCAGUACUUUGUAUGUAAUAGGCAUUCAACAAGAAUUUGUCAACUGAAAUGAAUGCAUACUUUUUUCCAAAUGUCAGCUUUAAUGUAAAUAAACACCAGACUCUACCUUUAUCCCUUA